AGGUCUUCAAGCAGCAUUCAGGCAUCGAUGCCGCCUCCAAAACGGUCAUGUUCGGACUCGCCGGUCAAGCAAGAUACACACCGACGAAGAAAUCGCGUUCACCCUUGUUGUGCGAGAUGUUGGGAAGAGCAUCUACGAAGGACGUUCUCCACGCGGCGUACUGACCGGAUUGCUUGGCGGCAUUAAAGGACAUGAGUCGCUACUGUAAUUACCUCUACGUAUACAUACAAUAUACCAAAUAUACCAAAUAUAUACAAUAUACCAAAUAUUUAAGAAAAAAUCCAGAUAUUCCGAAUAUGUGCAACCCUACGGAGCAGCGCGAUAUCGUUUCCGUGGAGCCGAUGGAUAAGGUGCAGGCGCUGGCGCUCUUUGAGAAGAAGCUAGGAUUUCGUGAUCCAAACCCAGAGGUACUCGUGAUCAACAUCAUUGAAGUGGACAAUGACGGAGGAGUAUACGCGGACGGAGGGAAUACGCAAACGAAGUCCUUUUGUUCCCCGUUGAUCCGAUACAAUACACGGGGAAGAAAAUACUCGCCGUGCCGAGAUGCUGUCAGCAUAAGAAAGGCACGCAGGAUCGCAGGCGAAUAAAUAGCGAGGUAGCUGAGAGAGAUAGCGAGAUCCAGGAAUGUUCGCAACGGUGAUGCCGUCUGCAAUGUUACUUAAGACG